UAUCCUUUUCAAUCCUAUCCCUUAUCUUGCUCAUCGACAUCGCGUGGUCAACAAACUGGAGUUGCUGGGGUCGUCCGAUAAAGAGAGUGUGUGUGAAUGAACAAAGAGCGAGACCAUGGAGACAUUGGCGCCACGGAACCCGCGGACGCGACACAACAGCAGGCCGACCCCUCCAGAGCUCCAUCUGCUCGGCACACCAAAGUCGCUGCCAUCUCAGGUCUCCAGCACCACUUCGCUCUCGAGUAUAAAUAGUCUACCCUCUCAACAUCAGCAUCAGCAACAGCAGCAGCAUGGACAGGCGCAUCCAAGACAGCAGCUACCCUCUCAUAACCAUGAUCUUCAAAGUAGGGGCAACACCGCUGGAAGUUCAACCCAGCUUCAGACCUACGGCGCCCAUUAUCCCUCCUAUCGACCCUACACCCCCACCACCCCCACCACUCCAACGGCUCUGCACGCCUUGACGAUGUCAAUGCCUGCGACUCCAACACUGGCCGCCAUGGGAUCUGGUUUCCCUGUGUCGCCUCGAAUGGACCACUCACCCGCCUUUAGCAGUACCAGCACCAGCAACAGUAGCGGUCAGUCCAAAACCGUAGUGGCACCUAGUACAGCCGGAGGGCUACAUCCAUACACAAAAGCACAACGUGCUUCCAGUACACGGCGGGUGCCCAGCAGCGAGUCUUCACUGUACGAUCCUUAUCGAUCGCGUCAACCAGGUGUUUCUGCGAAUAGAGUUAAAAAUGGAGUGAAGAACUAGAAGCUGCGACAUUUUUUUUCCUCGUCCAUUUUACGGGUCCC